GUGCCCCUCAACAAACACCUUCAUAGAAUUAACAACGCCGACUUACCAACCCGCCCCGCGUGCAACGAACAUGACGAAACUAUCCACUAUUACAUCAUGCUCUUCCCCGCAUGUCGAGCUCGAGGGGAUAGGCUUCGUUCCAAGAUUCCGCACCGCAUUCUCCACCUCCAGCGUCUCCUCAGCCACCCUAAACACGUACCUUUCCUACUGCAGUUUAUAGUAGGCACGAAGAGAAUGGAAGGAGCAUUCGGAGACUUCACCCCGCCGGAACCACGAGAAUAA